AAUUAACUUUGAAAAUUGACCAUAUUUAUUUUAACAUUUACCAUCCAACAACCCGCACUUAAAGCAAGGCAGGUGGAACAAGUAAUUGACUCAUUUUGAACUCACCGAACGGCCAUUCAAUGAGUAACUUCCAAAGAAAAUUAUAACUUCAUAAAGCUACCAAAGCCGACGAUUCGAUUUUGCUCGUCCUUGCGAUUCCGGCCGUUCUCAGCCGCAACAUGAGGCGCAAUCCGAUUCUGUGUAUACUUUUGUACCAUACAUUUCUGAUAUCCCUGAGCUCGACUUCUGCAAAUGAACCAGAUCGCUUGGCUCUGCUCGACUUCAAAAGCAGAGUACUCAAUGAUCCAUUUGACAUCAUGAGCUCCUGGAACGAUUCCACGCAUUUUUGUGAUUGGGAUGGUGUUACUUGCAAUUCUACCCUCCGGAGAGUUGUAGUUUUGGAGUUGGAAGCUCGAAAAAUUAGUGGCUCUAUACCGACCUCUUUUGGAAAUAUGACUCAUCUCACUGAAAUCAGGUUGGGAGACAACAAAUUCCACGGCCAUAUUCCCCAUGAGUUCGGUCGACUUCUACAAUUGCGUCAUCUCAAUUUGUCUUUCAAUAACUUCAGCGGUGAGAUUCCGGCCAAUAUAAGUCAUUGCAGGGAGCUUGUUGUUUUGGAGUUUGGUAUCAAUGGGCUUGUAGGCCACAUUCCACACCAGUUGUUCAUGUUAACCAAGUUAGAACGGCUCGGGUUUGGUGUUAACAAUCUGAUUGGAACUAUCCCACCUUGGAUAGCAAAUUUUUCCUCCCUAUCUCGUAUGUCACUCACAUAUAACAAUUUUCAAGGAAAUAUUCCCGAAGAAUUUGGACGCCUGACUAGAUUGGAUUUCUUCUCAGUUUCUGUGAACUAUUUGACAGGUACAGUCCCACCUGCAAUCUAUAAUAUAACUUCUUUGACUCAGUUAUAUCUGACUAAUAAUCGACUACAAGGAAAUAUACCACCAAAUAUCGGAUUUACACUACCCAAUCUUCGAGUCUUCGCCGGUGGUGGUAACGAUUUCAUAGGGCCGAUUCCGACGACGUUUGCUAACGUCUCUGGUCUUCAAGUACUGGAUCUUCCUAAGAACAGUUUCACUGGGAUGAUACCUGAUGAGUUGGGGAGGCUAAAAGGCUUGGAGAGACUCAAUUUUGAAGACAACAGACUUGGAAGUGGAGGGGCUGAUGACUUAAAUUUCAUCAGUUCCUUGGCUAAUUGUACUAGUCUAAAGGGUUUGGGUCUAUCUAGGAAUCGCUUUGGAGGAGCAUUGCCUUCAUCUAUUGGAAACCUUUCAAAGCAGCUCACAGUUCUAAACUUGGGUGGAAAUAUGUUGAGUGGAAGCAUUCCUUCAGGGAUCAUUAACUUGAUUAACUUGCAAAUUUUUGCAGUGGAAUAUAACUAUGGUCUGAAUGGUAGUGUUCCUUCCAAUAUUGGGAAUCUUCAGAACUUGGUGAUGCUUUUGUUGCAAGGUAACAAAUUAAGUGGGUCAAUUCCACCAUCCAUUGGCAACUUGUCUUCGAUCACUAAGCUUUGCAUGAACGAUAACAGGCUCGAGGGAAGUAUACCAACAAGCUUGGGACAAUGCAAAAGCCUCAUAGGUCUUGACUUAUCUGGUAACAGACUUAGCGGCGUUAUACCGAAAGAAGUUCUUCGUCUCUCCUCCCUUUCAGUCUACUUGGCCUUGAAUAAUAACUCAUUUACAGGUCCAUUGCCACUUGAAUUGGGUGAAUUAGUUCGUUUAACAUUGUUGGAUGUAUCAAAGAACAGAUUAUCAGGCAACAUUUCAAGCAAUCUUGGUAAAUGUGUAAGCAUGCUUUACUUGGAUUUGAGUGGUAACCAAUUUGAGGGAACAAUUCCUCAAUCGUUAGAAGCUUUGCAAGGCCUAGAAGUACUAAAUCUUUCCAACAACAACCUAUCAGGAUCAAUUCCCCAAUUUCUUGGAAAUCUUCAGUCACUCAAGUAUGUCAACCUAUCCUAUAAUAACUUUGAGGGAAAAGUGCCCAAAGAAGGAGUUUUUUCCAAUUCAACCAUGAUUUCUGUUCUUGGGAAUAAUAAUCUAUGUGAUGGAUUACAAGAAUUACAUUUACCUUCGUGCCCGCCUAGCCGAACACAUUCAUCCACCAAGUUUUCAUCACCUAAAGUGUUAAUCCCGGUAGUAUCAACGGUCAUAUUUACUGUUGUUCUAGUAAGCAUCCUUUAUGUGUGUUAUAAGCUCAAGAAGGGAAGGACUAACGCUUCAACUUCAUCUUCCUUCAUGGAUUUUCUACCACAAAUUUCUUACUUUGAACUCAGUAGAGCAACUGAUAGAUUCUCUGUAGAUAAUUUUAUGGGUUCAGGUAGUUUUGGUUCAGUGUAUAAAGGUAUUCUUUCAAAUGAUGGAUCAGUUGUUGCCAUUAAAGUUCUAAAUCUUCAACAGCAUGGUGCUUCCAAGAGUUUUCUUGAUGAAUGCAAAGCUCUCGCAAGUAUACGACAUCGAAAUCUGCUCAAGAUCAUAACUACUUGCUCAAGCACAGAUGAACAAGGAAAUGAAUUUAAAGCUCUAAUCUACAAUUUCAUGUCCAAUGGAAAUUUAGACGGUUGGCUUCACCCCACAAAUCAUGAACACAAUGAAAGAAGGUUGAGUUUCAUUCAAAGAUUGAACGUUGCAAUUGAUAUUGCCUGUGGAUUGGAUUAUCUCCAUAAUCAUUGUGAAACAUCCAUUGUUCAUUGUGAUCUAAAGCCUAGCAAUAUAUUGCUGGAUGAAGAUAUGGUAGCUCAUAUAGGGGACUUUGGGUUAGCAAAAUUCAUGUUGGAAGGAUCAAAUUACCAAUCCUCUUUCAGUCAAACCAUGUCACUUGCACUUAAGGGAUCUAUCGGAUAUAUCCCUCCAGAGUACGGCAUCGGUGGUAGAAUUUCAAUUGAAGGAGAUAUCUUCAGCUUUGGAAUACUGCUAUUAGAGAUGAUUAUUGGAAAAAGACCCACCGACGACAUGUUCGGCGAUGGUGGGAACAUUCAUGAACUCGCUACAGUGGCGUUGUGUCAAGAUAUGCUAGCCAUAGUUGACCCUUCGUUAUUUGAAGAAUCGUUCCAACAAGAACAGAAUGAAGAUACAAUACAAGAAAUCGCAAUAAUGAGUGAGGAAGAUCGUAAGAGAUUCGUACCAAGAUGGAUGGAAGAAUGUGUAAUCUCAGCAACGAAAAUUGGCUUAUCUUGCUCCUCCCCUGUACCUGGUGAGAGAACGCCCAUAAACGUUGUCAUUAACGAAUUGCAAUCGAUUAAGAACUCCUAUCUCAAGUUUAAGAAGCCAACCCAAAACUUCCACAGAUAUUUGUUACCCUAACCUUAGAGACGAAUGAAUUUAUUCGGCAACGAGCAUCGGGCUCUUGGUGGAAGAAUGUGCGAUGAGAAAGGCAUCGUCUAUCUCAAGGUGGAAGAAAGGCUUUCCCAAUCGGCCCACGAGGCCGAGUCGAGGAGUAAGGCCGACUACUUGGGAGGGACAUGGCUUACCGACCUCGGGCUUGUCGACUACUAAAGCAAGGUACGUGACAUACUACCCAAGCUUAGCACACUAUUAUUUCGAUUUCUGAUCCAAUAAUGACCUAAGCAUCAGAGUCUGCGUGAGGGUCCUCAGCUCCCUUUAUAUG